GUUUGAAGACAAGCCCCGCCCAGCUUCCGGGCACGGGCAGGUUAUAUGUUACUGGACUCCGGAUUCGUUAUUACCGGUGAUAGAGUGCAGCUCCAUAGAACACAAUGGCGGCUCUGGACAGGUACAAGGACUCAGGAUUCCAGCAGCCCGCUAGGACAGUAAGAAGCAGCUCUUACACAGAGUGGCAGACUCCUCAAGUGUUGGCAAAACCUCCCAGCAGAAUUUCUGGAUCUCAUGGAGCCAAGGAAGGUGCCAGUCUGCCCAAUGGGACUUCUGCUUCUGAGCAUGUUGAUGAUUUUUGCAAUGCCAGUGGUAGUACGUCCUUCCAGCCAAUCAGAAGCCAGGUUGCCAUUCCAACAGCUCACGUUGUGCCUUCUACCAUGGCACUAUCUUCAAGUAACAUCAGGAUAUAUGACACAGCUGGGCUAUCCACAGAAUCUGUUGUGCCCAGCUGCCCCUUUGUACCGUCUGCAGACCCUUCCACUGUUGAAGACACUAGAAAGUUUGAAAUGCCCAACAUUGAGCCAACCAUGAACCAGUCGGCUUUGUUAAAUACCCUUUGCACAGAUGGAAGAACAGACUUCUCCUCCGCAGUUAUCAGAGAUGUUGAGCCAUACAGGGCUCUUCCUGAGAGCAAGGAAGUCAGAGGAGCAGAGGUAACUCAUGGCGCUAGAUACCAGUCUUCACAUCUGCAAAGUCAGGGCUGGCGGGCAGAUUCAUAUAGCACCCAGCCCUCAGCAGAGUACAGCUCUUGGAAGCUGCAGCAACAGUAUGGAGAGAAUUUGAGAACGAGGAUGGAGAAAUUGCAGCUGAUGAGAGACUAUUCUACAGCGCCAAUGUACUCAGCCGGACUUAACCCCAUUCCAAAUGAGUGGGAACGAGUUGUAAAGGCGAGUGACAACAUUCUGCUUGAGAAGGAGGUGAUGCUGGAGAGGCAGCGUCAGCACAUUGCAGCCUUGGAACAGAAAGUAAGGGAGGGAGAGGUGAAAGUCCAUAACACACUGUUAAGCCAGUCUAGUCCAUACAGUGAUAUGUGCAUGAUGAGGAUACAGGACCUGCAGCGAGAGGUUACAUUCUUAAGAGCACAGUUUUCCGAGAAGUCUGAUUCAACUAGCCGAGAGAAGGCAGAACUGGAGAAGAAACUGUGUGCCAUGGAGGCUGAGAGCAGAGGCUUUAGAGAGGCAAUGAAGGAGUUGGCACAAAAACACUCAGAGGAAAUGAAAAAGCAAGACGAGCGCGUGAAAGGGAGAGAACGGCAUAUUAAUUCAUUGAAGAAGAAAUGUCAGAAAGAAACAGAACAGAAUAAAGAAAAGCAGCAGAGGAUAGAGACGCUGGAGAGAUACAUGGCUGAUCUUCCCACUGCACAGGACCACCAAAAACAAGUGCUGCAGAUGAAGGAACUUCAAGAGCAGAACUGCCUCCUGCAGGAGACGGUGAGUGAUCUAGAGAAAAAGCUGAGGGAAUCCAGAGGAAACUGCAAAGAAAGUGAAGCCCUGCUUGCAGAUCAGAAGUUUAAAGAGCAGGAGUAUUUGGCGACCAUUGAAAGAUUACAGAGGGAAAUAAAGAAGUUUGAAAUGGCGGACUGGAAAAAAGAAGAAAAACAUCUCAUAGAAGAGGCAGAUAAAUUACAACAAGAAGUGGCAGCUCUGCAUAAAGAGCAAGAUUGCUUACAAAAAGUGAUAGAAAACCAUAAGAAGAGAAUGGAACAGAUGUGCAGUAAAAUUAAGGGUUUGGAGGAGCAGGUCGGUCAAGAAGAGGCUACAGGACAAGCUUUGAAGGAGGAAUCUCAACAAAAAGAAGCUGCACUGCAGCAGCUAAAAGCAGCUGUAAAGGAUUUGGCCACACAAAACCAGGACCUCAUGGAGAGCAACGUCACAAUGCAGGAACAACUGCGGCUUGCUUCACUAAAGUCACAGCCAUUAGAUGUGCAAGCUGGGCAACUCUUUACACUGUAUAAAGAAAUGAAUCGCUGCCAGAAGGAUCUGAGAUCUAUAUGCUGUUUGCUGAGCCAAAGAGUAGAGGGUGUAGACCCUAACCUGUCUAUGUUGCUAGGUGUACACUCUACUACAGGUUUGCAUGAGCAGGAAGAAGAUGUUGAAUUAUUCUCUGUUGAAAGAUAUCUGAAUGGCAUAGACAAGCUGAAGAAAGACAUUGAGGAGCUGCGCACGACCAUCAGUGAUUGUUAUGCACAAGAUAUGGGAGAUAACUGUAUCACACAGUGACUGCUUGUGUGUCCUGAGGAAUGGAUGUCCAGGACAAAAUGAGAGAACUGCUCAAAUAGAGAGGGGGAGGCCUUUAUGGCAGUGACAUUCCAGUUUCUAAGGAUGUACCUUCAGAAAAUUAAAAGUAAAAUAGUGCCUUAAAACGUAUAGAUCAUUUUUAUUGCGUUACUAAUUGGCUGCUGAAUUUCACAAGAAUUUUAAUAAUGCACUAAAGGUCCUCCUAUUGUGCACCCAACGCGCCAAAAAUCCCGACAGUCACUGGCAUGUAACAAAAAUAGUGCUGCACUGGGUUACCAUCCAAAUACCUGAUAGUCUGGAAUAUUGUGGCUGUUGGACAGGCAUUAGGUGGAUCUAAUGUUAAAGAAUAGGAGCUUGCCUCCUAUGGGGUACAGGAACCUUUUAUAUCAUCACUA